AGUCAUAGGCUCUUUUAUUUCAUAUAAUUUUCAAGAGAGAUGGAGAAUUAUACAUGUGUGGAGAAAAAACUUAGGUUGUUCGGGUUCGAGCUCGAUCCGAGUACUAACGAAGGUUGCUCCGUGAAAGGUUGUGCUGAACGAGACGAGAGUGUGAAUUCUUCGGCUACGGAAACAACCAAAGAGAAAAGUUCAACGACGGCGGAGGGUGAUGACAGGAAAUUCGAGUGUCAGUAUUGUUUCAAGGAGUUUGCGAACUCGCAGGCGCUCGGAGGACAUCAAAAUGCACACAAGAAAGAAAGGAUAAAGAAGAAAAGGUUGCAACUUCAAGCCAAGAGAGCGAGCCUCAACUGUUAUCUUCAACCUUUCCGAAACAGUCUAGGUCUCGGCUCCCUGUUGUACCACGAUGCGGCUCCCGGUUACGGUACCGAUGCCGAUUCCGGUCCUUGCAAAGAAUCUCAGAUAAGUUUCGGGCAAUUGAAGCAAGAUGGGUAUGUUAAUGGCUCGCAUCCGUCGAAAUGGCACGCUUUGCAGUCUCAGAUGAUCCCUUUCCAACAAGAUUCAUCCAUGUUCACGUUAAUACAAGGUGAUCAUCACAUAUCGAGGGGAAAAGGGCCUGUUUUCAAGCCUUCAUCUUCUUCGUCGAAGCGAAGCUGUAAAUCGUUGGAUCUUCAAUUAGGCCUCAGCUUGCAGUCUACGAUACAGAGUUCCUCAGGUGGUGGUAUGUAGCAUGUACAUAUAUACGGAGGCAUCGUAGCUGUGUCAAAUAUGUAUAUCAAUACCAAAUACGUAUCCAACAAAGACACAUAUCAGGUAGUGUUGAAGAAAACAUCAAAAAAGGAACAUAAAACAAAUAUAAGGAUAUGUUCGGAAACAAUUGAAACAUGUCUGGACACGAUUGAAUAUAGAAUGAAAGUUUUUGUUUUCUUUUUUGUAUUUUGUUCUUCUGGCA